GAAAAAACCUGCUUUAACUUUCGCACUUGUUCACUACUUAUCCUACGCCACUCCGGUCGCCUGAGAAAUGAAGCCGGCGUUGGAGUUGAAAAUAUCUAGGUAUCGAAGGGGAGAGUGAAGUUUGAGAAAAAAUUUAAAGAUUCAACGGGUGAGAUUUUAGGUACUUGAAAAUGGACGGUCAGAAAAGCCAGGCGAAGCUAACGAGGACACAGUCUUCACUUCUCCGGUCUUCUCCAACUAUCCGGUCGUCAAUUCACAGCUUUUCGUCGAUUAAUGAAUUCGGAAUUGACCAUGAACCGGAUAUUGAAGAGCAGAAGCCGCAUAAACCCGGUUCGACUCCGAUUCGUCGGGGUUCGUUUUUCUCGCCGUUCCGAUCGGCUCCGGCGAGGAUAGGUCCGGUUCUGGUAGUUUCGGUGGUUUUAAUGUAUACCCUUUUCGUUUUCUUUAGCAGGGAUGAUAUACCCACGUCAGAGAGUCUCCUGUUAGCUCUGAUUUUCGUAGCGGUUCUGUUGUUCUUCGCUGGGAAGAACAGGGAGUCAAUUCACCAAAGGUAUAAUGUGUUUAGGAACUUGUUUGAUGAAUAUGGGAAACGGUUUGGGUUUCAGAGAACCCACUCGAAACCGGUUCAGUGGUUCAUUGGGGAAACAAAAUUGGGGCAUAAAGAGGGAAAAUCUGAGAAUGAAAACCAGGUCGUGAGGGAAGGAGUUGAGUUUUACAGCAAUGGGGAUAUCUAUGAAGGUGAGUAUCAUAAAGGGAGGUGCAAUGGUAGUGGAGUUUACAACUAUUUUGUGAAGGGAAGAUAUGAAGGUGAUUGGGUUGAUGGGAAGUAUGAUGGGUAUGGGAUAGAGAGUUGGGCUAGAGGUAGUAAAUAUCGAGGACAAUACAGGCAAGGAUUGAGACAUGGCUAUGGUGUUUACAAGUUCUAUACAGGAGAUACCUAUUCUGGUCAAUGGUGUAAUGGUCAAAGCCAUGGUGUUGGCUCACAAUCUUGCUCUGAUGGUAGCUCUUACAUUGGUGAAUUUAAAUGCGCAGUCAAACAUGGCCUUGGCUGUUACCAUUUCAGGAACGGGGAUUGGUAUGCAGGUGAAUAUUUCGGAGAUAAGAUUCAUGGUUUUGGUGUGUAUCAUUUUGCGAACGGGCAUUGCUAUGAAGGGUCAUGGCAUGAAGGUCGGAAGCAAGGUUACGGAAUGUAUACAUUUAGAAAUGGUGACACAAGAUGUGGGGAAUGGGACUCUGGCAAUUUGAAAAUUCCAUCGCCCCCACUAACUGAUGCUGUCCUUCGAGCUGUUCAGGCUGCUAGGAAGGCAGCAGAAAACGCAAUUAAACUACGGAGAGUAGAUGAACAAGUGAAAAAAGCAGUCACCGCUGCGAAUAGAGCUGCCACUGCUGCUAGAGUUGCUGCUAUCAAAGCAGUACAAAACCAAAUGAAUGGAAAUUUUUGUGACACUAGCUAACAAUUCAAACCUUUUUUUUUAUUACAAGAAGUAAUAGUUUGGUAAAUGUAAAUUUACUAUGGUUUUAGGCCACCCCGGCAAGCAAAUGCAGCCGGUGGUUGAGUGUAAUUUUGUUUUCAAAGUCUUUACUUAACCACAAUUGUAACUUGUAUAUAAUCAAUGUCCUUCACCAUAUGUAUAUCACUAAGAGAAUGAUGCUUUUUCCCU